GCGAACAUCACAUCCAGAACCGCGACCGAGUCUAACAAUACUUUUGACCUCUUCUUCACGUCACUCCUUCCACAUAACAAACCCUCUGCAGAAAUGACGCGCGCUCAACAACAAAUCUCCCUCGCUCUCCUCGCCGCCUCCCUGUACACAAUCCUCUUCGCAGGCCUCCUGCCUCUUCCAGCUGCGAUUCAGACAGAAAUAAUACCCUACCUCCCCUUCUGGGCCCUCAUCUCCUUCGGCGCCUACCUCCUCGGCAAACUUGGCUACGGCGUUCUCACCUUCAACGAUGUCCCCGAAGCGCACGAGGAAUUAAUGCAGCAGAUUCAGGAAGCGAGGAAGGAUUUGAAGACUAAGGGCGUAGAUGUGGAUUGAGCGAGUACAUGAGGUGGUGUCGUUUUUAUGCGGCGAACUUUGGUUCUGACGGCAAGCAUGAUAUACUGCGGCAGCAUUUGGUGAUAAGAACAGAGGAGGAGCGAGGCGUCCUGGAGGGCUUGGGGCGUGAUGAUGGGUUUCUCACAAGCUAUAAAACAGGAGAAUUACCACGGAAGACUAUCAUCUCAAAUGUAUGUUGCGAUAUUCGUUCGCGGAGACAGACAGAACCAGUCACACA